AUGACAUCCUCUAGUGCUUUGGAUUUUGUCCGCUCAAUACUUCCUUCACAGGAGAGAGAAGACUUUAUGUCACAGGAAUACAUCCAGGCAGUCUGCAACGAGCUUCGAAAUACAGUGCCAGAGCGAUUCGAAGGCGAGCUUGAACUGAUAGUGAACCGAUUGCUGGAGCCUAGCCCGGAGCAAAUCGUCAGAUUCGCGGCUGAACGAUUCAUCAAUGACCGACUCACGCCCGAGGAGGUGCAACGCCUGUUCAGAUUAGUACAGACUUCCGGAUAUGAUGAUUGCUUGCUUUCAUGUCUCAAAGUGGAAGCAAAAGCGACGAAAUGUCUAGCGACAGCUAUUCUUGGAGCGGCAAUGUUAAACAACAACGAACAUUUUGUACGCGUAGCUCUUGAUCAUGGAGCAGAUCCAAAUUGUAGUAUUCCCAUCAGGUACCAGACGCCUUUAAGUCUUGCUACUCAAGACCCAGCAAAGUCCAAACUAAUCCCCAUGCUUCUUGACGCAGGGGCUAAACCCGAUGAUCGGGAUAUUUACCGAGUUGCUAAGCGUAGGGACAUCGACUUAGUGGAGCGUCUCGUUCCUAGGGCUACCUUUCCCGAUAUCGGAAGGUUGGUCAUACUUGCUGCACGUCGCGGAGACGUAGAGCUUUUCCGCUCCCUCAUAAUCCUUGGGGCAACCCAUAACGAAUGGUCACGGGGCCCUAAGGAGGCCCACCCACUACAUCUCGCGCUUCUAGGACACCAUUUCGAACUUGCACAGCUUCUUAUCGACCUCGAACCGCCCGAUGAUAAUCGGAUUGCAUAUCUCAAGCUAGUGGUAGAACGUGGGGACAGGUUAGCAGCAGAGUUCCUGAUUCAGCAUGGGACAGAUGUGAAUGCUCGUAUGCCUUAUGGAACAGAAACAGCUUUAUCAUUGAGCAUCAGGCAAGGCAAUCAAGACAUAAUCCAGCUUCUCCUACGCCACGGAGCCGACCCUUGCGUUGAUGGACCAGGCUUCCUACCACAGCGCCGGGUAAUAGGAACUAAUAGUGACUCUAUUCAAACUGCCCUCGAAGAUGCAGUGCGCAGUGGGUCCAUCGAAAAGACCCAGCUCUUACUAUCAAUGGGGGCAAAAGCCAAGGAAUCGGAUACCACUUCGUUUCUGCUUGGUUUGGCCGUGAAGAAGUCCCCUCAUUUGAUUCCUGUUCUCCUUCGAGCUGGUGCAGAUAUAUCCAACAUGUUCGAAUGGACUUCAUUAACCUCGGAAACCAGUCGUGCAACAAUGCUUGAGGUAGCUGUUGAAUCUGCUACAGCAAGUGGCAGUCUUGAUGUUGUGGAGAUCGUUUUGCGUUUAGGCGCCCCGGUGAACAGGGUCAUACCAGACCCCGAUAUGCCUUCUGCUCUUCAGAUAGCAGUGACUCAAAAUAUGAAUCACAAACCUCUGAGCGAAGUCCUUACGGUGGACCUGGUUCGGCUCCUUCUGGAAUGGGGUGCGGAUAUUGACGUUCUCGAAUUCUUGAGUCUCUUCUGGGAUGAGAAUGAAGAUAGUGAGGCUGUUAAAAUGACGCUUGUGCAGUCCGCAGCGGCACAGGGACGUACAGCUCUUGUCAGGCUUCUCGUUAGUGCUGGUGCAGAUUGCAAUUCGCCAGCAGGAAAGCACGGCUUCACGGCAAUCCAAGCGGCCGCCCGGUUUGGGGACGCGGAGAUGGUAGAAUACCUUAUACAAUCAGGUGCUGAUGUGAAUACUCCACCAGGCCCAAACUAUGGUUUGCCUGCACUGGUCGCGGCGGUGGCAAGAAACGACUUGAAAUCAGUUUCAUCUCUACUUCAGGCUGGGGCAGACCCAAAUACUCCCGGAAUCGUCUCGGUCGAUUCCGUUAGACAGAAGAUGACGGCAUUACAAACGGCAUCAUGUCAGCCUGGAGGUUAUUGCUCCUCAAAGGAUAGUCCAAAGCUUAGGCUGAAGAUGCUGAAGCUCCUACUAAACGCAGGGGCCAGCCCACAGACACCUCGAUUCACGGAUGCCAGGAAAGAUAGGUCCUCACUAGCCUGGGCCGUGUAUUGGGACGACAUUGAUGCCAUAAAACUCCUGCUUGACUUUGGGGCCCAUGCAGACGUUGCCGAGGCAUUGCAGACCGCUCAGGACUAUGAGAGUCCACUAGAGAUCUUGUAUCUGCUGGGAGCUACUUGUUGCGAAGAUGCAAGACGAUCUCGAGACACCCUGAGUUGCAGGUGCGGCAACUUUCAAAGCCAAUUGGAACCUGGUCGAGAUCCUUGCGUCUUCCCUGUACCCCUUGCAGAAAACGAGGUCAGCAUGCACCAGCUGCUUGAAGUUGGCCAAGACGGGUUUCCUUGCUGCCUUCACUCAGCCACUUUGCAAGGCAACUUCGCCAAGGUGAAUCAUUUGUUAGAACACGGCGCAGAUGUCAAUUUAAAGGGCGGCAAUACCUGUAUGCGACCAUUGCAGAUAGCGGCAGAGAAAGGCUACGUUACUAUAGCCCACAGACUGAUUCAAGCAGGUGCAGAUACGGCAACAGCAGUCAGUGAAGCGAAGUGCCAUCGUGGGCUUGAUAUAUGCUAUCUAUUGCAGGUCGAUAAUUCUGGUCAGAGUUAG